AUGAUCGUCAAACAUGAUGCCAGUUUCAUCCCAGAUAUUGUCCUCCGGGUUACCAUUGAUACUAUCAACUUGAGUUGUCAGCCUCGCCUUUCGACACUCAUCAACGGCCAGUAUCCUGCACCGCCAAUAUACCUCAAGCCUGAACAGACAACAUGGAUUCGAGUCUACAAUGACGCAGAUGUGAACACAACGGUGCACUGGCAUGGGCUAACGUUGUCCACUGCACCAUAUGCCGAUGGAGCGCCACAAGCGUCGCAAUGGCCUAUCCCGCCUGGGCACUUCUUCGAUUAUGAGCUUCACCCAAUUGCCAGCGAGGCCGGAACAUCCUUUAAUCAUUCCCACGUCGGCUUUCAGGCUAUGACUGCCUCGGGGCCUUUGAUUGUCAUGGACUAUCACGCCCCACCCUUCGAUUACGACGAGGAAAUCAUCCUGCAGAUCGGAGACUUUUACCUCGCGGAUGACCACACUAUGGAAUCAUGGCUGACGGGCUCUCCCAGCGUCUGGCCGGGAGACCCGACUUCACUGAUGAUCAAUGGCCACAGCGGACUAGCCCCAUACGCAGAAGCUACCAAUGGGGUGGACCCCUCGUGUGAACCGUGGACGAUGAAUGUCGUGACAGGCAAGAGAUAUCGAGUCCGCGUUAUUGGGAGCACGGCUCUAUCACUGGUACUGUUCGGUAUCAUCGAUCACGACAAUCUGACCAUCAUUGAGACUGACAACUCCUAUGUGCAUCCUGUCGAGACGUCAUAUAUGCAAGUGGGCACCGGGCAAAGAUUCAGUUUCUUGCUGGAUACAAAGGAGCAGAGCGAGUUGCAGCAGUUGGAAGGACAUUCGAAGUACUGGAUACAGUUUGCAACUCGCGAAGGCGCAGGCACGGUUUAUGCAUACGCGAUUCUCAAGUACACGGACAUUGAUCUGACCCAGGGAGUGGACGUGGAUGGUGCUUGUAAUUACCCGACUGGGGCCGAUAUGUGGUGCCCUGGUAGUCCUCCUUCGACCCCAGUCAUGGAUUUACCCACAACUGUCACAGACUGGCUCGAGUAUACUUUCAGGAAUCCAGCCCUGCCUGGAGAUCCACAUUCCUCGACGUAUCCUGCCUGGAUUGGCGAAGUCCUCGAGAUUGUAUGGGAGAAUGAAGCGUCGUUCCCUGGCGGGAUCUAUGGACCCCAUCCCCUGCACGCUCAUGGUGGGCCAUAUUGGGAUAUGGGCUCUGGGUCGGGUUCAUGGUCAGCUGAAACGCACGCAGAAUUCUUGCGCAACCACUCCUUCAAUGGGAUGCCUUAUCCUGGUUCUCGCCGCGAUACAACCCUGCUCUACAAGUACGCGCUACAAGGUCAACAGGGGGUGACCAACGGAUGGCGGGUCUGGCGUGUCCGCGUUACGGAAAAGAAUGUUGGGGUCUGGAUGAUGCAUUGCCAUAUCUUGCAGCAUGUCAUCAUGGGCCAAUCGACCGUAUGGGUAUUUGGAACGCCAGAUGAGAUAAAAGCGCAUAUGGUGCCUGUCAACGGAAGUUUGGACGGGUAUUUCACGUAUGGCGGCGAUGUUGUUGGCAGGACCGGUGAGGAAGAGAGGGGGAUCAUGGUUGCGCACUUUUUCGAUGAGUAG